AUGGGAAGGAAAAAGAUACAAAUCACACGCAUACAGGACGAACGAAACCGUCAGGUGUGUUUGUUUAUUUUAUCCAUUUUAAUGUUUUCACUUUCCUCUCAUUUAAACUGUACUUAAUAUCACACCUUAUAAUAAAAUAAAAUAAAUAUAUUUCUUUUUUUUUUCUCGUGCAGGCUUCUCAGUUGAUUCUUAAUGCUAUUUUUGACCUUUGAGACUCGAUUUAAUCAGCUUUCAAAUGCUCAUCUAAUGAUCUUUUUUAUUUCUUUUUUAUAUCUUGUUCUUGAUAAGCUCUUUUUCUAACUUUAAAAGUGAAAGUAUUCUCAGAAGUCAAGUUUUUUUAUUUAUUGCCGUCGUUAGAAUUUUUUUAAAGAUUUAUUUUUAAAAAAACCCUUAAGAACUGUUAAUUAACUCAUUUUGAAUCUUCUCGCCUCCAUCACACAAAUCAAACUCAAAACCAUUUUUUCCUUUCCGAUCACCCCAAAAUCCAUCAAUAUUUUGAAAUUAUAGUAAUUUAUUGAGAGAUCAGCGUGAACCCUAACGAGUUCACUCGGAUCUAGAAUUUGAGAGAAUACUUUAUACAAUUAUUAAUCAUUUGAGUCUUGGAGAAAUAGACAAGCAGAUCCCGUGCAAUGGUAUUGAUCAACAGCGCCGAAAAAAACCAAUCGCAAAUUAGUGUGUAACAAAAGAGGCAACUUUUCAAAGACAUUGGUCUUUAAAAGACGACGAUUGAAGUUUGAAGUGGCCAUGAUGUCCCAUGACCUGUCUCUCCUCAUUCUUCUUACUAUCUUUUUUUUCUCGUCUCAAAAACCUCGAGGAAAGUUCCGAUGGGUGGGAAAGAUCUGAGAGGCUUGUCAAUCAAAAAAUCGGUCGACCCAAGGUUUCACACGAGGAAAAAGGAAAAGAAAAAAGAUUUGCCGAUUUGUUAAACAAGGGCGGUCUGUGAUGUCAAGUUACGCUGUAAGAUGAGCAUCAAAGUAACAUAUUUUUUUGAUCUUUCGAAAAUUAUUCUCUUGAAGUCUCUUGAAAAAAAGAAGCUUUGAGGUUUCCAGAAUUUUUUUUGUCCCAACCCUGCGAUGAAUAGAGUAAAAAAGCUUUCCGAAAAAAAUAAAAAUUCCUUUCCUCUUGAAUUUGUGCCUCGAUUCGGUAACUACAGCUUCUUCUUAGAUUUAAAGCAGUCGCUAAAAGGGUAGAAUUCGGAACGAAAGGUCAAUGGAUCAACAUCCGUCAGUACUGAUGUUUUUUGCUUUUUUAGUGGAAAUAUGUAAGUUUUUUUUUUUGUCUGUCAUCGGAGAUUUUCUGAAUCAUCCAUUCAUGACGCCCUUUAUGAAAAUUGAGCAAAACUAAUUGAAUAAUUUUUGCAAUAUGAGCGAAACUUCCAAAUAAUUGUGAAGCUUGAACUUCCUACAGUGUAAAAUGUUUGCGAAGACAACCCAUUUUUCCGACUCCCUUUUUUCCUUCCUCUAAUUUUUUUAAAGUGUUUGGCUCAAGUGGUUAGGGCUUUGGUGAUGACCAAAAAGGUCAAGAGUUCGAGUAUUUUUGGGGUUUAAUUUCGUUUUUAUGAAGAAGAAGUUUUGAAAUAAAUCAGAGAAGAUCCCAGUUCAAAAGAAAGCGAUACAAGAAAGUCUCUUGAAAAAAGCCACACAAUCUAUAAAAAUUUAGCUCUUUUCAUUGCAAAACUUACAUAGGAAGAACACAGCUGCACACAUUUUUCCUCGUUCUCAACAAAAAAAAGCUGAUAAAAGACUUACAUUCAGCUUCACAGAUUCGUAACGUCUUUUUUUAAUAUGAAAGUUUCAAAUUAGACCAAAAAAGAAAAAUGCACAUGAAUUCGAUUCUCACAAGCAAACAAAUUAUGGCACUAAUCCUCGUACGCGACCGCGCCAAAGUGACGACUACCGUAAGACUACAGAGUUUAAAAGAAAAAUGCUGAUAAUUAGCCGGAAAAAUUGAUAGAAUGACAAUGAAUGAAGUCCGAACGAGUUUUUAAGAAAACAAAAAGGAGAUUUUUCCGAAAAAAUUUUCACUGUUAAGUGGUCUUUAAGGGUUCCAGAAGACGAAAUUCAUAUCAUUAGCGCUGUUUUGGCUGUUGAAACGUUUAAGUUGUUGUUAAUCGAUACUGGACUCUUGAAGUGAUGCAAUUCAAGUUCUCUCUUAAGUGAUAUCAACCAUAAAAGCCCUCUCUAAUGAUCAAUCGCAUUUUUUUCGGUCUAAACCCUUGAGUGGUCCCUUCAUAAAAAAUUCAACAUAUCAAUUGUCCUCUUGAGUGUUUUCAACCAUAGGAAACCCGUUUCACUGAAGUGAUGAGACUCAUUGUCAAUGGCAAACGCUCAAGUGGUCCCUUCGGAUCUCGAAUUACAAAAAGUGCUCUCUUGAAUCUGACCAUAGAAGCCCAGACUAAUGAUUUGGAUUUUUUUUCCUCGUGCUAACCAAAAUCUGUGAUCAAAUAGUAAUAACACGUACAAAAUGAAGAGGUCAACAUUAUUUUUUGAUUGUUCAGCCGUUUGCCCCGUGCAGUUACAGUUUCAAAGAUUGCUUUCGUUUAGAAAUAAUUGGAAAAAAAAAAUUAUACGUUACUGAUAGGAGUUUAAACAAGGAAAAAAAGCGGAUGAAAAUUUUGGAAAAAGUCGUUGAAGCAUGCCGUUAAAACCUCCUAUAUAGCGUAGAAUUUCGAUUUCUUGCUUGCUUUUAUAUAUGUCAUUCGAAGGAAUAUUUUGAACCAAUGUUCAAAACUCCAAGCUUGAAGCACCUUACAAGUUUUCUUUUUACUUACUCAUUCGAAAAUUUCUCAUUCGAUCUCUUAAAGGUCUAGCCUUUGAGUAAAUAAACAAAAAGCAAAAGCUGAAAAUUAUAAUCCUUGAACUUCAAAGAAAACCACUUGAAUUCUUCAUUUAGACGGAGGUGGCCUAAAAAUACGUGGAUUUUUCGCCCCGCGGCGAACUUUGCUCGGCUUCAAUUUCAAAUAAACUCGCGCACGUCGCCGCAAAUAUAUAUCCGUUUUCUUCUUCUUUCUCUUUUUGCCUAAUUAGCACUGGGACGUGUGUAUGGAAAGUGAGAAGUAGAACAUGUCUGACAAGUGGAAAGAGAGGUUGAAAAAAAAAAUCAGGAAGUUCAGGGCAAAUAUUUUUUCUCUCAAUUUUUUGAAAACAUGAAACUAAGAAUGAUUUUCAAGGUUUGACGUUGUAUUUCAUCGUUCCAAAUUGAGUAAAUUUGACUCUUUUUUUUCGAUCUCCACCAUUUUUGAUUUUUCUGAGGGCUAAGGAGGAGUAGAAAUUCGAACAAAACUAAGAUAAAAGGCAAAAAUGGCAGGCUCAACUAAAAAUUGAUCUCUUGACCUUUUGAUCUUAUUUAAAGCCUCUCACCACCUGCUCCACGGCUUCGAACACUUUCCUUGUAGAUGAUUUUUUUUUUCAAAUGGUAACGUUCUCGAGCCUGUAAAAAUUGAAAAUUUGACAUUACUACCCUUUCCUGAAUUUUGAUCGGCUGUCCUGGGGUUACAUGAGGUUUUUACUGGUAGAUACUUUAUACAUGGGUAAAAAUAGCAAAAAAAAACUCGAGCCCACCAAAAAUGUGCUCAUUCGUUUUCCUUUCAAAUUCCAUUUCUCAGUCGACCUUUCUACGAAUUAAAAAACUUUCCUUAGACCUAUAAAUCACAAUAUAAACCGCGUCAUCAACAUGAUGCCGGGUUCAAAUUGGUUUCUCUAAACUUAAAAUGAUCUCUGCCUCUUCAAAAUGUUCGUUAACAUUCUGACGGUCAUUUCUAGCUGGCCGAACCGCACUUUGACGCGGCGAGAUUCUCAACUCUUUGAUCCAGACCCUAUUGCUCGACGACUUCUAGGACACUCAGGAAUAAAAAAGUGCACAUAAUCCUAUGCACCUUUUGGCAACAUUCAUGCGCGCUCGCAUUUUUCCGCUUCAUUUCCCAUCAUUUUUUUUUCCGAGAAAAAGGUGGAAAGAGCAAGAGUGGUGAGACGGUUAGACAGCCACUUUUUUUGUUUCCUUUUUGCCCUCUCGCCGCUCGGGCUGGCGGCAACAUGAUCGAUUUGCAAGAAAAAAAAACCGCCGCUGCUGCCAGCUCCCGAGUGACGUCAUCAACGUCGCACUUUGGCGUCGCGUCGCGACGACCGCGACGUCGCUGCCAACGUCAUUCGGCAGCGGAAAAUAAGCAAGCGAGGCGCGAAAAUAGCGACGACGGGGGGUCGGCUCUAUUUUUAGCCUCAAUCAACGCCAAAAAUAGCGCCAAUGUUCUAAAAAUAGAAUCAAUAUGGUGGUUUCGGUUGAGAAAUGGUCAUUUUGAAGCAUUUUGAAACUUUUAAAAGUGUAUUAGUUGAUAAAAAAAAAUUACGGUAUCGGUUGAAAAACAUUUGACCUCAUUAGGUAUCAAAAUGUUUCUCCAGUUCCGUUCGUUACUUCAAAAAGCUCAAAAAAGAUUUUUCGAAUGAAAGUUACUUUUUUAACGCUUUUUUUCACGAUUUAUUGCACCAACUUUGAUGCCAUGGGUAGCAUCCUACGAAAGGUACAGACUAUUCUAACAUAAGACGACUAUUUCUACUUCUUGAUUAUCUUCUGGCUUUCUCUUAACUUUGCAAUAAACUACUAAACUUCCUUCAAAUUAACGGUUAUGAAAUUUCUUCAAAAUAAUUUUUCUCAACUAAAAAACUAAAUGUUAACUUUUCCUUCAAAUUUUUCUCAAUUCCCCGCUUUUCAACUAGAAUAGUUCACAGGUGACGUUCACAAAACGAAAGUUUGGGUUGAUGAAGAAGGCCUACGAACUUUCGGUUCUCUGCGACUGCGAGAUCGCCCUCAUCGUUUUCAACUCCACCAAUAAGCUUUUUCAGUGAGUUCAGAACCUUUCGAAAAUGAAAAAACUUUCAUUUCAAAGAAUUUCACAAAUAGAAGAAUACCAUUCGUGAGAUCGUGAGAUUGGUAUUCUUUAAACGUUUCUUGCGAAUAGAAAAAAUCAAUCUAACUUCUCAAAAAGGAUAGGCUUCUCGGAAAGCAUAGGAAACUUUCAGAGAAGCUCUAAGAAGUCGCAAAAGCUAUUCAGGGUGCUUUCAAAAUAUUUUCCAUCGAAAAAUUUUUAGAGAUCAUUGAAUUUAUCAUGAACCAUUUCUGGAAAAUAAUGCUUUUGAGAUCGAAAAUUUUAAAAUUCUUACUCAGAAGUUCAGCUAUGUUCAAAUUUGACAGUCCUAAAGGCAAUAAUCAGGUACUGUAAGGCAAGCAAGUUUCCUCUAUAGUUCCAUGAAAACGAAACUUCCAGGUAUGCCUCAACGGACAUGGACAAGGUACUGCUCAAGUACACCGAGUACAACGAGCCUCACGAAAGCCGCACCAACACGGACAUCAUGGAGGCCCUCCAGAGGAAGGAGAGCAAGCACGGCGCGGCCGACUCGGACGACGAGAGCCCCGGGCCGUCGAGCCCCACCGUCAUGACCAACGGCGGCGGUUCUCACGACCAGUCCAGCCAAUCCCAACAACAACAACAACAACAACAGACAGCUCAGCCCCAGCCUCAGAACAUCCAUCCGCUCUACUCGAACCUUUUCCUCCAGCCGCCCUAUCACCAGCUCCCACCGUCUAAUAACCGAUCCGAACUCAAGCCCUCGACUCAGGUUAGCAAAUUAUGUUUCAUUUCUCAAAUAACUCAACAUCAAGUUUUCAAGGGCACGAAAAAAAAGUCAGAAUAAAUUUACAAUAACUAUCCGGCUGAAGAGGAUAGCAAGACACACUCGAAAAAAUAGGAUCCCGAUAUCGUAGACGACUAGAAAUGGGACCAUGACUUGUCAUUAUUAUCUCCCUCAAAAGAUAGAAGUCCAAGCUUGUUUAAAUCGGUCAGAUCAUAUAAAAUUCAAAAUUGUUCGGAAUACCAAAAAAUCUUAUUUCAAAAAAGUCCAGCAAAGAAAAGCCGGCAGUAAUAUUUCCAGUUCAUAUUUUCUUUUCUGUAGUUAGACUAAAAAAAAGCUCACAAUGUUACAACACUUUUUAAUUACCUACUUGAUGGUUUCCAAAGAUAUUUGAUUUAAAAAAAAUAAAUUGAAUUUGAUUUGAAAAAAAAUAAAUUGGUAUUUAACGGAGAAAAUUUUUUUUUCUUGAUUUUCAAAAUUUUAAAUUCCCUAAUUUCCAAGUCAGUUUUAUAUCUUGUAACGUGCUCAAAAAUCCUUGUUGCAAUGUUAGAAGGCGCACAAACGAAUGAAAAACGGUCCCACGGCGAAAACUAUUCCUUUGAUCAUCAACGACUUCUGCGCAUUCAAACACUUCAGCAAGGACUUCUUUGAAAAUCCAAAUUAUCCGUUCCAAUCAUCAAACAAUAAGAAAUUUUACUCACUUGAUAGAAUUCUUUCUUGGAGAAUCCGUUUGCCUUCUUUUAUUUGAAUCUCGCUUUCAAUUCACAAUUUAUAAACGGAUACAGUCAACCAGUUCCUGAAAUGGUCAAUAAUGAAUGUCGAAAACUAAAGAGAAAAAAAAUCGAUACCUUGAUAUAUACUUGUAAUGAUGCGUGAUGCAAGUUAAAAAUGCCACACACGUUCGUUUUGUCUCUGAAAAAAACAUAGAAGUCUAUAAAAAAUACGAAAAUAAUAAAAUUUGACGACAAAAAAAAAAUUAAAAGAAAAGAUUUCAAACUCGGAAACUAACUCAUUUAUAACACGCACACGAUAAAAAAAACUAUUGUUAAAAAAACCUGCUCUUUUUUUCUACAUGUGAAUGUUUUCACUAUAAAUUCUGACAAAACGAAAAGAAAAAAAAUAUAUAAAACCGAAAAAUUAUAAACUACAAAAUUAAGUCUAAAACAGGAAUUUCGUGAGAAUAUCCUACAAUCAGGAGACGUUAGUAAGCUUUUUGAACUAACUUCGAACAAAAAAAAACUUAAUUUGAGAAAAAACAAGGAAAAACAAAAAAAAAUUAGCAAAAUUUAGGAAAGAUGAAAAAAAAAAUCAAAAAUGCGCGUAAACGUAGUGUUUUUCGUGUAUACACAUGCUCGGUGAACUUUUUUUCACCUACAGUAGAUAUUGAAAUUUUUGUUUUUUUUUUCAGUGAAGUUUGAAAUCAGCCUUUCUGAUAAUAUCUCGGGCAAAGUCGGAAUGGUGUACAGUGGCCGCUAAAAAAGAGUUGUUUGAAAAAAGCCGCAGAAAGGCAGCAAAAAAGGAGCCUUUGUCACCCUAAAAGAACAUGGAGCGUUUUUUCCACUCUAUGGAGCCUUUUUCCCACUCUUUCCGAUUUUGCCUAUGAUACUAUAGUCUGUGUGCCACGACUUGAAAUUCAACGGAACGACAUUCCGCUGAUCCGCUGCGUGCGUUCGCGAAGCGUUUUUCGAAUCUAGGUCACGCUUUCAAUUAAUUGUAAUAGCUGUGGGAGCACAUGAAAGUAAAGUACCUUAAUAAAAUAAAAUUUAAAUUAAAAGCGCGACCAAGGUUCGCAAAGGCGCGCGGCUUCACAGCGGAAUGUCGUUUGAUGAAUUUCCAAGUCCUGGUACACAGCCCAUAUCUUCAAAAUUGUUCCAACAAUCUUCCAAAAGGUUUUUUGAAGCAACUUUUUUAGAUUUUCGACUGAACUAAAGCAGUUUUAAUUAACGAAAAAACCAAUGGAUGUCAAAGAAGAACUCAAAAGUUGAGACAAAAACGCUUGAUUUCAGUCCCAACAGCCGCCACCGUCCCAACAGCAACAGUCUCAGCCCUCCUCGAUCGCCUCCGCCAAGCAUAUUGACUUCCCGACGACAAGUUUCGGCUCCUACGAUCCCUCGCAACUGCAUCCGCUGGCCGCAUCGGACGCCGACUGCGAAUUGGUCGGUCCGCCACGAACUUCCGCCGAUCCGACGUCGCUCUGGGCGGCGGCAGCUCUUCAACAACGACAGCAACAACAACAACAGCAGCAGGGAUUGAAUGGAAACGGGAUGGGAGGCCUUGUUGGAGGUCCGCCGCCGUACGUCAAGCUGGAGCCGCACUCGCCGCCGGAGAAACGUCCUCGACUAACUGCCGACUGGAGGCCUCAGCAGCUGACGUGA